UCUCUUGCUAGUUUUUGCCGCGUUUUGGUUUUUCAUUGCUUUCUUUUUUUCUUUUUUUCUUUUUUUUUUUUUUCUUCUGCAACAAGAGGAAGUUACUUUUUUUGGUUUUGUUACUUUGUCGCUGAUUGUGCACCAACAAAGGAGCCCGUUCGAGUUCAGGGGGAUCGUGCACGAGCCAGGAGUCAACAUGAAGCUGCAGCGGUCAGCCGCCCUACUGAUGGCAGUGGUGCUCGCGGCGACCCGUACGUCCUUGGGCGCCCGACUCGACAACACAUACCUACCGCCCAGUAGCGCGGGAUCUGCCGGUGGCAGCGGCCUCCAAGCCCCGGGCUUUGGCAGCCGACCCGGGGCCGGGGCUGGCUUCGGUGGUGGAGGCGGCGGAUUCGGAGCUCGACCGGGUGCUGGCAGCGGUGGCUUCUCGGCUGGUGGAGGAGGAGGAGGCUUCGGUGGAGGCGGAGGUGGGGGAGGUUUCGGAGGUCGGCCGGGAGGUGGUGGCGGCGGCGGAGCAGGGAGCGGAAGCUUCGGGGGAGCGGCUGGAGGUGGCGGCGGUGGCUUUGGAGCCGGGGGCGGACCGCCGAUACCGAUAGUGGCGUUCGACGCUCAGAACGGGGGCGACGGCAACUACAGGUACAGCUACGAGACCGGCAACGGUAUUCAGGUGCAGGAACAGGGACAGGCGCAGGGUAACUCAGAAGCGGUGAGCGGCUCGUACAGCUACACGGGCCCGGACGGCCAGGUGUACACCGUCAGCUACACCGCCGACGAGACGGGCUUCCACGCUUCGGGUAACCACCUGCCGACACCACCGCCCGUACCACCUGAGAUCGCCCGGGGAGUCGAGUUGGCUCUGGCCGCUGAGGCGAGGGGAGAAAACCAGGAUGGAAGUUACAAGGGCGAGGGAGCUGGCGGUGGCUACCAGGGAGGUGGCGGAGGUGGCUUCGGCGGCGGAUCGGGCGGUUUCGGCAGCCGACCCAGUGGAGGCGGCGGUGGCGGUUUUCCAGGCGGCAGCGGAGGCGGGGGAUUUCCCGGGGGUACCGGUAGCGGCGGUGGCGGCGGUGGAGGCGGCUACCAGAGCUCGCAGGGAGGGUACAAGUACUGA